AUGGCGCUAAAAGGACAAGAAGAUUAUAUUUACCUUUUCAAGGAUACCACGCAUCCAGUGGAUUUUCUGGAUGCAUUCAGAACAUUUUACUUGGAUGGAUUAUUUACUGAUAUUACCCUUCAGUGUCCUUCAGGCAUAAUCUUCCGUUGUCACCGAGCUGUUUUAGCUGCUUGCAGCAAUUAUUUUAAGGCAAUGUUCACAGCUGACAUGAAAGAAAAAUUUAAAAAUAAAAUAAAGAUCUCUGGCAUCCACCAUGAUAUCUUGGAAGGCCUUGUAAAUUAUGCGUACACUUCCCAAAUUGAGAUAACUAAAAGAAAUGUUCAAAGCCUGCUUGAAGCAGCUGAUCUGCUACAGUUCCUUUCAGUGAAGAAAGCAUGUGAGCAGUUUUUGGUAAGGCACUUGGAUAUUGAUAAUUGUAUUGGAAUGCACUCCUUUGCAGAAUUUCAUGUGUGUCCGGAACUAGAGAAGGAAUCUCGAAGAAUUCUGUGCUCAAGGUUUAAGGAAGUAUGGCAACAAGAAGAAUUUCUGGAAAUCAGCCUUGAAAAGUUUCUCUUUAUCUUGUCCAGAAAGAAUCUCAGUGUUUGGAGAGAAGAAGCUGUCAUAGAGCCAGUUAUUAAGUGGACUGCUCAUGAUGUAGAAAAUCGAAUUGAAUGCCUAUAUAAUCUAUUAAGCUAUAUCAACAUAGAUAUAGAUCCAGUGUAUUUAAAAACAGCUUUAGGCCUUCAAAGAAGCUGCCUAUUAACUGAAAAUAAGAUCCGAUCUCUAAUAUACAAUGCUUUGAAUCCCAUGCAUAAAGAGAUUUCUCAGCGAUCCACAGCCACAAUGUAUAUCAUUGGAGGCUAUUACUGGCACCCUUUAUCAGAGGUACACAUAUGGGAUCCUUUGACAAAUGUUUGGAUCCAAGGGGCAGAAAUACCAGAUUAUACUAGGGAGAGUUAUGGUGUUACAUGUUUGGGACCCAAUAUUUAUGUAACCGGAGGUUACAGAACUGAUAACAUUGAAGCUCUUGAUACAGUGUGGAUCUAUAACAGUGAAGGUGAUGAAUGGACAGAAGGUUUGCCAAUGCUCAAUGCCAGGUAUUACCACUGUGCAGUCACCUUGGGUGGCUGUGUCUAUGCUUUAGGUGGUUACAGAAAAGGGGCUCCAGCAGAAGAGGCUGAGUUCUAUGAUCCAUUGAAAGAGAAGUGGAUUCCUAUUGCAAACAUGAUUAAAGGUGUGGGAAAUGCUACUGCUUGUGUCUUGCAUGAAGUUAUCUACGUCAUUGGCGGCCACUGCGGGUACAGAGGCAGCUGCACCUAUGACAAGGUCCAGAGCUACAAUUCAGAUAUCAAUGAAUGGAGCCUCAUCACCUCCAGCCCGCAUCCAGAAUAUGGACUGUGUUCAGUCCCAUUUGAAAAUAAGCUCUAUCUAGUUGGUGGACAAACUACAAUCGCAGAAUGCUAUGACCCUGAACAGAAUGAGUGGAGAGAGAUCGCGCCCAUGAUGGAAAGGAGGAUGGAGUGUGGUGCCGUCAUCAUGAAUGGAUGCAUUUACGUCACUGGGGGCUAUUCCUACUCAAAGGGGACGUAUCUUCAGAGCAUUGAGAAAUAUGAUCCAGAUCUUAAUAAGUGGGAAAUUGUGGGUAAUCUUCCAAGUGCCAUGAGGUCCCAUGGGUGUGUGUGUGUGUAUAAUGUCUGA